AUGUACAGUAAACAGGCUACUCUCUCUUUCUUCAUAUCAAACAGCCCUCUCUGCCUAUUUAACAGGCUACUCUCUCUUUCUUCAUAUCAAACAGCCCUCUCAUGCCUAUUUAACAGGCUAUCUCUCUUUUUCUUCAUAUCAAACAGCCCUCUCUGCCUAUUUAACAGGCUAAACUCUUUUCUUCAUAUCAAACAGCCCCCUCUGCCUAGCUAUAUAUCUUUCUUCAUAUCAAAUGCCUCUCUCCUAUUUAACAGGCUACUCUCUCUUUCUUCAUAUCAAACAGCCCUCUCUGCCUAUUUAACAGGCUACUCUCUCUCAUCAUAUUCAAGUUCUCUCUUUCUCUCUAUUAUUUUUCAUUUCUUGUCUCUUCUGUGUUUCUCUUUAUCUCUCUCUGAGAUCUGUGUGUGUAUUUGUCUGGUCCUAUCUAUCUCUAUACAUAGUGGUUUUCUUCCCUUCAUUUGUACCAGAAUUUUCUUUUAUUUUUGUAUCUAUUUCUUCCACUUUUUCUUUCAUUCAUUUUUUUUCUUCUUCUCUCCUCCUCUUAAUCAUUUUACUAACAUUCCCUCAUUUAAUCCUUGUUUCUUUUCUCUUGCCUGUUCUUUCCCUUCUCUUUUUCUUUUUUCUCUUUUUUCAAACUUCUUUCUAUUUCCACAUUCUUUCUCGACUUCUUCCUUUCUCUCAUCACAUCUCUUUUUCCUCUAUUUUCUUCCACCUCUUCUAAUCAGUCUCCUAAAUCUUUUUUUUUCUGUCUUUGUUCACUCACCUCUCUUUUCCUGA